GUUUGAAGGCCGUACGAAGAGACGAAGGAGUUGAUACAAGAAAUGCAAGUAAAAUAAUACGAGCUACAAAAUAUUGUCACGUAGCAGCUGGGGACGAGAUUGUUCCAAGAUCCUUGGUUAACCAGCCACGAUACAAUUCCUAUCUGCUGGUCUCAACGACUCGUGGAUGGUCAAUUCUCGGCUGGGAACCUAGGCCUUCGGCUUCCCAACUGUACCCCAAGUUUGGGUCAGGCUCAAGGUGA